GAGGGACCAGAAUCAACAGUUAUCUCCCGUAAAGAUACAACAUGCACGUCUGCGUCAUUUUGAUGUGAACGAAACCGGAACCUGUUUGUCUUUUAGAGGAAGGAAGCACAAAACACAAGCGCAUAGAAGAAUGGAAGAAACAGAAAACAGAAAGAGGUAGUUUAGUAAAGGAUUGUAGUUAAUAAGUAACAGGCCACAACGGUCUCCCCCGCCCUGCAAAGCCUGCUGGGAAAAUCUCCUGACAGAGUGCUGUGUGUGUGUGUGUGUGUGUGUGUGUGUGUGUGUGUGUGUGUGUGUGUGUGUGUGUGUGUGUGUGUGUGUAGGGAGAUAUCGCUGAAAUAAAGAACAGGAAGAGAAGACAGAGCAGCGCCUUCUCUGACACACUUUUUUGGAUCUCCAGCUCUCUCAACUUCCUCUUUUCUGUCAGCAACCGAAGUUCCUCUCAUGGGCAAAGGGAAGGGCAAGUCUGGGCCCUUGGCUCGGAGGCCAGACAACUCAGCCUUCAAACAGCAGAGGUUACCUGCCUGGUCUCCCAUGCUAACGGCUAACACUGUGCUGCCUUUCUUCUACUUUAUGGCUUUAAUAUGCAUGCUGCUGGGAGUGUGGUUGCUUCUUACAGUGCAGAGCACACAGGAAGUAAAGAUGGACUACACAGAGGCCGGGACGUGUGACAAAUGUUUUGAAAAGCGUAAAAAUGCGAGCAACGCCGCACAAACCUGCAGCUGCACGGUGGGGUUUAACAUCAAGAAGGCUUUAAAGGGAGACGUCUUUUUCUACUAUGGCCUCCAGAACUUCCAUCAGAACCUGCGCCGAUACAUGGACUCCAGAGAUGAUGCACAGAUGGUUGGCAAGAAGAGAAAUUUAAAGAACCCGAGUUCCUACUGCAAGCCGUUUAACAUGGACCAAAAAGGACUCCCCAUUGCCCCCUGCGGUGCUGUGGCCAACAGUAUCUUCAAUGACUCCUUCACUCUGCACUAUCUCGGUUCCGGUGGUCCAGUCCAGGUCCCUCUGUUACGGAAAGGCAUCACCUGGUACACGGACAAAAAUGUCAAGUACCGCAACCCGACGACUGAAAACAUGACACUGGUUCAAGUGUUCAACGGCACAGCGCGGCCUCUGUACUGGCAGAAGCCCGUAUAUGAGCUCGACCUCCUCGACUCGACCAACAACGGCUUCAUCAACGACGACCUGAUUGUGUGGAUGAGAGAGGCGGCCUUCCCCAACUUCAAGAAGCUGUACGGGGUUUUAUACCGAGCCAACAAGCCUUUUACCAACGGUCUGCCGGCAGGGAAUUACAGCAUCGACAUAUCCUACAACUUCCCCGUGCAGUACUUCCAAGGCAGAAAGGAAGUGGUGUUGACCACGCUGACCUGGUUUGGUGGUCAGAACCAUUUCCUGCCCGUCGCUUACCUCGUCACCAGCUGCCUGAUCCUACUGAUAGCCGUCGUCCUCACUGUGGCGUGGUACAAGUUUGGGAAGAAUAGGAAGAGCAUGGACGAAUGAAGGGGUACGACGUGCGAAGCAGCUGAAAAGUAAUAAAUGACGUGCUGCUCGGUAGACGACGCAGCUCAAAUGAAAACGUUGACGCGAGAAAACGAAGGUUAAAGAGAAUGUUUUGAAAAAAAAACAAAGAAUUGAAUUUGACGUCUGUGAAAAUUGCUUUCCAUAUCGGCUAAAUGAAAUGUUUUGGUGCUUUUAAUUUGGUGACGGUGCUCUGAAGAACCCUCUGAAAGCUGGGUGUGUUCCUUUACGUGUUGAUUGUACUUGCAUUUUCUUUUUUUACGCACCAUCUUGUUCAUGCACUGUUAAUAUUUAUAUAUUUUUUCAUAAUUAGUACAUCAAGAAUGGACUAAAGUCCAGUCACUGGGGCGUUAUGAUUCUUAAAGGGGACAUGUGCUAAUUUCCAGGUUCAUACUUGUAAUUUGAGUUUCUAUGAGAACAUGUUUACACGAUUUAAUGUUCAAGAACACAUUUUCUUAUACCGUCAGUCUGAAUAUGUCUUACUACUCUACCGCUCGUUUUAGGCGUGCCUGCACGUGACAUAGGAAGGGGGAGCCAAAUGUUGAAUCCCGUGUUUGUGGGUUGGCAGGCACUCGAGAUACUCCAACGUAUGUUCACAAGCAAUUCUGUGGAUGUUUCUAAUUACAGCACAAUGUUAGUCAGUGUAAAAAUGUAAAUGUCUUUUUAUAAUGUAGAAUAGCAUAAGAGUCUACAGCCAUGCUCGCAGCAGUGCUUUGAGCUAAGAGGUACAUUUCCCCAUGUAGACAAAGUGUAGCGUGUUAGCAUAAUUACAUCAACCGUCUGUUAUUGUAAUAAUAAAAACAUUUCUUUUAAAAACUC